AGUCCUGGCGGUUAUAUACCGGUCGUGCAGUUUCGCGUUCUCGCGGUCGUGAAGGAAGUCGCCGUGGAGUGAAUGCCAGAGACAAAGUACGCCAAGGACGCGGGUGGGUCGCUGCCUUUUUGUAGUGAGGAGGCACUGGCCCUUUGUAGUGCGGAGUCGAGAUCCGGGGGGCAUUAUAUAGGUCUCGGUGUUAUGAACGUCUAAUCAGGUUUCUGAAUCGCUAGUCAUGGGGACAUGUUAUUGUUCGCGAAUAGGGGCGAUCCGAUCGAAGAUGGAGGCAGAAGAGCGCCCCAGCGCCGUCAUGGAGCGGAACGGCGCGAAGGGGCGUGCAGCCGGUGCAGCGGGACGUGUACCCGGUGCGAGCGACCGCGCCCCGGGGCACGACGCGUCGGGCAGAACGGGUCGUCUGACGCGCCGUUCGCUGGCAGUGCGCGCAGGGCGGCGUCAGGCUUGGGCUUCGAUACGUUGCCGCCUCGCGCGCAAUAACGAGGAUGUGUUGGAUACAUUGUACGGCCUCGGCGGAGAUGGGCCUGCGCGAAUGUUGACGAAUUCGGCGGGGUUUGACACGGAAGAGGUGCGCAGCGGGAAGGGAGGGCGUGGGAGAACAGCCCCGGAUGCGGGGAACGACGCGGUGGGCUCGGGCACGUGGCACGCUGAGGAACUCUCAGCUGACGAGGUUUGCGCGCCUGUCGGGCAGGUUCCUCGUCUCGUGGGGGCUUUCCAGCCACUCAGCUCAAGCCUUCUACCGGGCGCCAGUACUCACAGACGCUUACUGGAGGGUGCGAGGGACGACGGGAGCGCACAGCCAGUUACAAUCGGCGCAGCAGCUUACUCUUCGCUAACCUUUCUUACCCUGAACUGCAUGCCAAACUCCGGCAGUGGCUGAUUCGCUCGAUAGUGACACAAAGUUGCGCAGCUAUCGUAGCACCCGAAUGGAGAGCUCCCAGACGCGUCGGCUAAUAGACGAUGUCUCAAGAAGACAAUAAAUGCGUA